AUCAGAAGACUCGAGUAUGAUAAGAAGUAAAUCAUGUACCUUUCUGCUCUUCUGUUUCCCUUGUCCUUGCUUCUCACCGUGGUCAAUGGCGUCGGUAAAGAGUUGAUAAUGAAAUUUCUCCCUCUCCAAGCCAUAGGCAACUAAACUUCUCAUUAGGUUGAUUAACAUAAUCAGGAUACCACCUGCCUGCAACACCAAGAAAAACAUAAUCAGAGACUGUCAACCUGGGCCUCUAUAUUUCCCAGCAUAUAUGGGUCGGAGAAACAGUAAACUGUUAGAAUGCAUUUUGGUAGUCUGACUUUUCUUUAUUUUAUGUAAUUAUCUCUUUUAGUUGUUCAGAUACAUGCUUUUUCUUGGAGUCUUUGAAUCAAUUAGGGGCAUGCCC